AAUCUCCUAACUCUUACAAAGAACGAUCUGGGCACGUUGGCCUGGAUUGGCCGUUGCCACACGCACCCAAGCUCAAUGGCCCAGGUGCUUCUAUCAAAAGCAAAGGGACAAAUCAAAUCCAGAGAGCGGCUCUUGAAGUGUGGCUGGUUGGUUGCUUGAUUGCCAUCAUUGAUCUAUCUAGUGUUUUCCUUGACUUCAGCAGGCUUCAGCAAACCCGAACAGCAUCGUUAUCACCUUUAGGACGGGCUUUGUUCAUCACAUCUUCCUUUUCAACUGCUGCUGCUGUUUCUUCUUUGGCGGAUCUUCCUGUCCUGAUCUUCCUUGUUCAAUCGAACCUACCUUAUCCAUUGUAUCCAAACAACAGUUGAUUGAAAAUGGCCAGUGCAUCGUCGGAAGACAGCAAGAAAGCAGCGAACGACUCGUUAGACGGAUCGUUAGACGGCAACGCUUCCCACAUGCCAAGAACACGGCGACAAUGUCCGGACGAUGAAGACAACAACUUGAACAAAAUACUGGGAAAAGAUGCGCCGCGAAGAUCACUGAGUUCCGAGUUGGAUGGCUCCCUGGUGAUUGGUGAUAACUGGAAGAACAUGACGACGGUACACAAAGGAAGGCAUGAAUUCGGUGACAGCAGUGAUUCCUUAAUGGACGACAGUUUUGCGGAAAGCUUUGGGGGGAAUAGCUUCGCGAGCUCACAAGAUAGCUUUGCUGCGGAUGAAGAGGACAAAAUAGCAUCUCAAUUCACAACGUUGGAUGAUUCCUCAUCAGGAGGAGGAGGAGGAGGAGGAGCGGUGACUGCUCGAAGGGCGACACCAAGACGGACGUACAGCAAGCAAAGGAAAACUAUGCCAAAGAAAUCAGAUCCAUUACAAGCAAUUUCAGAGGACGAUGACACUGCAGAUUCUUAGAUCUAUGGAAGACUUUUGCAAUCAAAAGCCAUUUACAAUCUCCCAAUUGCUACUUGUAUCUCGGGCUUAGUCCUUGUCUAUUGAUUAGUGUAGCCUCGGCUUAUGUUGAGGAUUUGAGGAUACCAGUACCUUUUGAUUGAGACUACUAGUAUUGGGGCGACCACUACCCGCCU